AUGACAGGCACGUGUUUAUGGUCAAUAUUCUUACUACUGAUUUUAUUCAUUACUGAUGUUAAAAGUGAUGUUGCUUGCCCAAAAGCACAACUUCAACAGAAAACAAAACUUUUAGUUAAUGUUCUGAAAGGAAAUAAUUGUCGGAAAUCGCUGUUCAAUAAUUUAUUAGCCAACAGACCACUAGUAAAUUAUAUACACACAAAAUUGUGUCCACGCAAAAUUACAUCCUAUAAAGUGACAAAAUUUGAUACAGGAACAUACUUGGUUACUGUUCAAUUUACAUCGAAUAAAGCUGUCUAUAAUGGCCAAUUAGCGUUCAAUCAGCAAUACAAACUGUGUGGUUUACAAUUCGGCACAUUGGUACCACAAGCAUUUCCACUUAAGUGUGUGUACAAACGUCCUACUCUCACACCGACGAAUGCUUCACUCAAAUUACCUUCUGGAUUUAACGCUGCUGUGAUUGCCACAGUGCCUGGUGCAAGAGAAUUAGUUUCACUGCCAAAUGGCGAUUUGAUCGUGGGAACACAAGGAACAGCAGUAAAAAUUAUUCUGAAUGCAGAUGGGGCAGAUUUGGCCGGAGCAACUGGUAUAUUUGCAACAUUUUCGGAAACGUCACCGGAAGGUGUAGCAUUUGGCGGCGGGUAUAUUUUUGCUUCGACAGAAAAAACGAUAUGGAGAAUGCCUUAUAAAAAUGGCCAGAGGGCAGGCACACCUGUUAAAAUAGCAUUAGUUCGUCAAGGUCCCAUUGCGCCAAAUAGUGAUGGAGAUGUUCAUAAAUCAACGUCAGUUAGCGUGAGUGGACAAACAUUAUACGCCGGCAUUGGCUCAUCGUGCAAUGCUUGCGAAGAAGUAGAUGAAACUCGUGCAACGAUUCAAAUGAUGAAACUUGAUGGAACAGAGAUGAAACUAAAAGCGAAACGUUGGCGAAAUCCGAAAUGA